GCAUCAAGUCACCACCAACCCCAAACAAAAAAGCUUCAAGAAAAGCAAACCAAAAGCAUCACCCAACUUCUCAAAUCAUGGAAGAAGAAGACCAAGACAUGUCCCCAUUCUGGCUCCAGUCUGGCGAAAAUCACCGGCUCCGCCGCCGUCAGUCUCUCCUCUUCAAUUCCGGUUUCCUCGUCAUCCUCUUGUUGCUCACUGCAUUUGCUUUCAUCUUCUUCGUCAUCCCUUCCUUUCCCUCCUCCACCUCCCAACUUCUCAGACCAAACCUGGUUAAGAAAAGCUGGGACAAAGUAAAUCUCGCCUUGGUCCUUGUCGCCAUCGUUUUUGGCUUCCUCAGCAGAAGCAACAACAGCAGCAGCAAUGGAGAUGCUAGUACAAGGUCCUAUGAUGCUUACAAGUUUUCAAGAACAGUGUCACAAGAUAGUUCAAAAUCCAACCCUGUUACUCCAUAUCGGUGGUAUGCAGAUCGGACUAGCUCUAGCUCUUUCACUAGGCUCAGAAGUAGCAGCUCAUAUCCAGAUCUGAGGCUGCAGGAAUCUUCAUGGACAGCCGGCGAUGAUCCAUGGAGGUUUUAUGAUGAUACCCAUCUCUAUAAUAAUCGUGUUUCAACCGCCGAACAGUUCUCCGGCCGACCACGACGAGAGAUUAAAGAAGAAGGUGGCGAUCGUUAUAACAAUUCUAAGGACAUACAAGUUGAUACUUUUGUCAUUCAAACAGAAAAGCAAGUUUUGGAUAAUCUCUCGCCGUCAGCCCCACCGGAGCCACCAUCUCCGCCGCAGGCACCUUCGUCUCCGCCGCCGCCACCCCCGCAGAAGGCGGUGAAACGGAAGAAGAAGAGAACAUAUCAAAAUCUUGCAGAAGGGAAGGAUCGAAGUUCGGGGGAAGCUGAGUUGGGCAUCAAGGUUAGUUGUGAAUCGUCUUCGGCGCCACCACCCGCCUCGUCCCCGCCCUCGCCACCUCUGCUUCUGUACGAGAAGAGUAUGAAAAGUGAGAAGAAGAGAGGCGGGACUACUAAGGAUUUCUUAACUUCUUUGAGGAGGAAGAAGAAGAAGCAAAGACAAAAAAGUGUUGAAAAUCUAGAAGCAAUCUUCAAUUACUCACAGCAACCUACUUUACAACCACCUCCGUCCCCCCCUCCGCCGCCGCCACCUCCUCCUCCUGCACCUUUCUUCCAGAACCUGUUCUCCUCCAAGAAAGGCAAGUCAAAGAAAUAUUCAGUCCCCCCACCACCCCCGCCGCCACCGCCACCAGCGUCAUUCCAGUCACGUGCUUCAGAAACCAGAUCAAGGAAAUCAGAAACCAGGUCUCAGAAAGCACCAUUCCCCUCUCAAGAACCUAACAUUCCUGCUAAGGUAAACAAGUUUAACAGAAGAGAGGAAAGUACAAUGAUUGGCAAUGAAUCACCAUUGAUUCCAAUCCCGCCGCCGCCACCUCCGCCUCCGUUCAAAAUGCCGGCGUGGAAGUUCGUAGUUCAAGGUGACUACGUUAGACUGGAAAGCAUUAGCAGCUCGCGAAGUGGGUCACCUGAUUUAGAUGAGGUUGAAGAGAAAAAUGAUUCUAGUUCGGAAAUGAAGGGAGGAGAUGCGUCGAAUCAGUUGUUCUGUCCAAGCCCGGAUGUGAACACGAAAGCUGAUAACUUCAUAGCAAGAUUCAGAGCAGGAUUAAAGCUGGAGAAGAUGAAUUCAGCGAAGGAGAAAGGAAAGUCGAAGUUGGGCCCGGAACGAAGCCCAAGCCCUGGCCCGGGUUCAUCCAUGGCCAUGGAAGAAGACACAUGACAGUGUACAUUUUUUUUGGGUAAUUUUUUAUUUGUUGGCUUGAUUUGAUUGGUCGGACUAUACCUAAAAUUUUUAGUGACA